UUAUCGAUUUUGGUUGGGUUUACAUAAUCGGAUAUUUUUGAGUGAAUCAAGAUGAGUUUCCUCAAGGGUUAUUUAAACAUUUUCGCGAAUGGUGUGAAGAUUAUUAAACAGAAUGGAGGACUCGUUGGCUGCAUCCGAACACUGUACAGAAUGGAUGACUUGAAAUGGGGGAAUUGCGUUGGAGAGGAUAAAUAUGGAAACAAGUACUACGAGAAUAAUUAUUAUUUCGUUGGACGAAACAGAUGGGUAGUCUACGCACCUUACGUUAACAUGGACUACGACGGUUCCCAAGUACCCGCCGAAUGGUUUGGCUGGUUGCACUACAAAACUGAUCUGCUGCCCCACAAAGACCCAAACAGGCCACAUUACAAGUGGAUGAUUGAUCAUCGAAUGAACCCGUCAGGUACCAAGGAUGCUUACAUGCCAUACAGCACGACUAAACCCAAAAUCGAGCCGUGGAAGCCACCUCAGUGCUGAACAAGCAACAAUCAGCCGUAGACUCAUUAUUACCAAUUCGAAAAUUAUGAAAUUUAAUAUUCGUCGAGUGGUCCAGAUGUAUUGGGCAUGUUCCAUGUAAAUAAAUCGUCUUUCCGCAA